AACUUGUCGGUGUCAUCCGAAGAGAUCAGGAGACUUCGGCUCCGCUCGGAGAAGCAGCACCGGACUGUAUGGUGGAGAACCGUUUUAUAAUUUUACCUUUUUCUGGGGACCGGCUGUAUGAUUAAGCUACAAUCUUCAAUGAGUAAGCAUAUCCCACAGUUCUGUGGUGUUCUGGGUCACACAUUUAUGGAGUUUCUGAAGGGCAGUGGGGACUACUGCCAGGCUCAGCACGCUGCCUAUGCAGACGAGUGAACAGCCAGACUCGACGCCAUCAUCGAUCCGACGCACUUGAGCCACAGGAGGGACCCCCGGAAAGUUGGCAGGACCGGGACCGGGACCGCCUCCCAGAACCAGCGACAACUCGGCCUGGAUGGGGUAACUCCACCCGCUGCACACUGCCCUCGUCGGCUUCCGCCUGGCCAGAAUCAAGGUGGAACCAGCCUUGUUUUUUUCCUCCUUUUCUUUUGUUUUAUUGGAAAGGAGAGGGUUUUGAGUUACUUUUCUGAUUGUCCGCCCUUUUUCGGCCUCGCCAACACCACCCCCCCUCAAAAUCUCCCCGUUUUGCCUGUCGCAGCCUUCGUUUAUUCCGUUUUUUCUUUCUUUUCUAAGCCUCGCCAACCUCGAAGAAGACCGGAGGAUUUUUCCUUUUUGUUUUUUGUGUUUUCUGGAAGCUCGUUGGAUAUUUUGUGUUUGACAUUCCCUCCGAGUUUAACUAAGUGUUUACAUUAGUGUUUUUACUCUGUGGAAGACUUUUGGGUUUCGUUAUAUAUAUUUUUUUACGUUGUCACAAUGGCUCGUAUGAACAGACCGGCCCCUGUGGAGAUCACCUACAAAAACAUGAGGUUCCUCAUCACCCACAAUCCCACCAACGCCACCCUGAACAAGUUCAUUGAGGAGCUGAAGAAAUAUGGAGUCACCACCGUAGUGAGAGUUUGUGAGGCCACCUAUGAUGCCACCCUGGUGGUGAAAGAGGGAAUCCAGGUUCUGGAUUGGCCAUUCGAUGAUGGAGCCCCUCCCUCCAACCAGAUCGUGGACGAUUGGCUGAACCUGCUGAAGCUGAAGUUCAGGGAGGAGCCCGGCUGCUGCAUCGCUGUCCACUGUGUGGCAGGACUGGGGAGGGCUCCUGUUCUGGUCGCGCUCGCCUUGAUAGAAUGUGGGAUGAAAUAUGAAGAUGCUGUCCAGUUCAUUCGACAGAAGCGUCGAGGAGCGUUCAACAGCAAGCAGCUGUUCUACCUGGAGAAAUAUCGUCCAAAGAUGCGCCUGCGCUUCAAAGAUUCCAACGGCCAUCGCAAUAACUGCUGCAUCCAGUAGAGCCAAACCUGAGCCACGCCAACCCACCCCCCCACCCCACCACUACAGAAGAGUUCAAUUCAAACUUGCUUGCUUAUUACCAAGCAGGUUUGUUUUCUUAGUCAUUGUGUUGAAGUAUUUUUAUUUGGAAAACCAUGCGCGGUAAUUCAACUGUUCUCCCCCCUUCCCUCCCUCCCUCCCUCCCUUCUCCACCACCUUCCCUCUUCAGGUUCAAAAAUCAAGUGUCAAAAAAAAAAAAGAAAAGAAAGAAAAGAAGAAAACAAAAGUUGUGUGAACCGGGAUCACAAUGUUUCCUACUUCAUGUGCCCAUUAAAAAAAAAAAAAAAAAAAUUAGGAAGGGCAGCGCUGAGUUGUGUAUCAUUGUCAGAUGUUGGAUUAAUUGUUUUUCUGCAAACGCAUCCCAAAGAUUUUGAUUGGCCAGUGCGUUUACAUCGCCUGAGAAUGUGCUAAAGAAAAAAAACACAUUUUUAAUUUCAUGUGAGCAAUUAUGUCCCCAGAUCGAUCAAUUUUAGGGUUCCGUUUCAAGACUGACUAGAAAGAGGUAUGCCUUCCUUGAAAUCAGAUGGUUCAUCCAUAAAUGCCUUACAAUCGAAGUGGAACAAAGGCAAUCGAGGCGGGAGUCGCCUCCCGCUGGCAUUUGGAAAAAGGUGUUUCAUUUUUCUACUCGGAACAAAAAAAAAAAGAAAUAGUUGCCUUUGUCUUGUGCAGGAAGUCUUACACACACUUAUGCCCUUUCAGUAACUAUUUUUUAAUAUAAAAUGCUUAAUUGUUGCAAUAUUUGUCAAUUGAAAGUCUAGGAACUCGUACUUUUUUCUUUUCUCUAUCAAACCUUCUGUUUACUAAUUAACUGCCAUGUCCAAAAUGUGAUUUUCUUUUAUUUUUAUUUUUCUCAGUUUUUUUUUUUCCUUGCUUCAAACUGGACUUCCAACGUCUGCGAUAUUUUGUAUGCCUUUUUAUUUGAUGUCCGUAACUUAAGACUUGGAUACUUGAUGAUUUUAUGUAUUUGAAAAUGUGUAUUAUUAUUAUUAGGUUGGCUAUUUAUACUAUCAAUGGAUGUGUGAUUUAGUACCGUGAGCGACAAAGUUGUACCUGUUCACCAACUUGUGAGAGUACAUUAAAUGAUACACUGAAAAACAGCA